AUGCGCUGUGCAUUUGUUGGAAUUAUUUACACAUCGGCAACUUGCUGCUGUUUGUGGCUAUUGCCACUGCUGCCGCUGCUGCAACAGGGCGAGGCAAUGCCCUGGUGGCGCCACAACAACAACGACGCCAACUACGAUGCCAGCCUGGAUCCGUUGGUCUGGUCGCGUGCCUUUGUCCAGGACACGGUGCGCAGGCCGCGCAUCAGCCAGCUGGAGGCCGCCGAGGUGCCACAGCUGGACAAGCACAGGCGUCGCUGGUGGAGCGAUAACAAGUUCCACAACAACAACCACAACAAGAAGAGGAAGAAGAGCUACAAGCAGUAUGUGCGCAGACAUCGCAAGCGUCUGCUGCUGCGCCAAACUAGAUGUUAA